AUGUGUGACAAGCAAAAUGUUUUCACAACUAAGCGCGAACCAAGAUACGAAACUGCGUACGCGUGCGAAGGGAAGACGUUAAAGAUAGGCUGCGGGGAAGGUUCUGUAAUACAUCUAAUAAGAGCUAACUACGGUCGGUUCUCUAUAACGAUCUGCAACGACCAUGGCAACACUGACUGGAGCGUCAACUGCAUGUCCACGAGGAGUUUACGAGUUCUACAUAGCAGGUGCAGCAUGCAGCAGAAUUGCAGCAUUCUGGCAAGCACGAAUAUGUUUGGUGAUCCAUGUCCGAACACUUUGAAAUAUCUAGAAGCUCACUAUCAAUGUGUACCAGCGUCGACAACAAGCACCACAAGUCGACCGUCACCACCAUGGUUAAUCACAUCACAGCCAACGGUCUGGAGGUCCACAUCUGCUCCCAUAAUGAAGAACCCGGUACAGCCUCAGCAGGAGAAAAAGAAGCCCACUGUUAUCACACCGCCAACCUUUAGACCUCAUAUAACAUUGCCACCAGAAGUCCAAUUAGGGAAUAUUGGCACAAAGAAAACAACUACUAGGCAACCAGAUUCGACUGUGGAGAAAGAACAGCCUCAGGUCCCACUAGAUAAGGUGCCUGUAAUAAAGGAGGAAGUAACAAAAGUUAACGACGAUACAAGCAUUGAUAAACCGAAGGAGAAAGAUGAUGAACCAGUGGCCGUCACAGAUGAAACAUUACAAUGGGUACCGAAAGAUGAAGAUUCUGACGCAACACCAUCACUUCAUAACCCACCAAAGGAAAACCACCCGGACAUCGAAGACGAUUAUGAUAAAGUUUUCUCAACAAGUGCAACCCCAGCGCUGGGACGGCGCGCGUACUGCCCUCAAGUGAAUGCUCGUGGUCUUCAUUGGAAUUGGACAUUGGCUGGCACAUAUGCAGUCCAGCCGUGUCCUGGAGGCGCUACCGGAUUGGCUAGAUGGAAAUGUACCUUAACUUCUCACCAACAUAUCGAAGAAGAGCGACCGCGGCGUCGAAGUUCAGGGUUGCAAUCUGGUGAAAAUUAUCAUGAUCUUGGACUAGAACAACCCAGUGAGAGACAAUUGCAGCUGAUCAGGAGAUUGGGUUCAGAAGCAUUGCUCAAAGGUCGCGAUGGCGAUUCUCCUGAACAUCUAAUCGACUACCGAGGAAGUGGAAACACAGCGGACAUAUCCCGGGAUAUUUCAGUUACCAACGUUGAAUAUGUUUACUCGGAAACAAUACCCGAAUGGCAUGGAAGUACUCCGGAUUUAAGUGAAUGCAGAUCAGUCUGGUUGAACAGCUUAGAAGCAAGAGUACGCGAAGGGGAAUCCCUUCUCAGCAUCAGCAAUGAUUUGGCCCAGGUGACGUCAUCAAAAACCCUAUACGGAGGGGAUAUGAUGACCACAACGAGUAUAAUGAAGAAACUCGCCCAACGAAUGUCCCAAAAUGUCCAAACAUUUCCCGAUGCGAGACAAAAGGAAGCUCUGGUCACGGAUAUGCUGUUGGGUGUUAUUAAGACUGGUUCGAAUCUUCUAGAAGAAAGCCAACGUGCGUCAUGGUCUGAUCUAAGUAUGGACGCGCAGAACAGAGUCGCAAGCGCAUUGCUUACGCAACUUGAAGAGAACGCCUUUCUAUUGGCUGACGCGGUUACGAAGGAGAAAACGAUAUUACAGAUUGUUAAGAAUAUCUGUUUAUCAGUCCGCGUGCUGGAAGUAAAGAACGUGGAGGACGAGACGUUUCCAUCUAUUAUUGCGCAAGAGCAAUGGAAGGCUUCAGAAGACACUAUCACAAUUCCGAAGGGUGCUUUAUUAGAAAACCACCAAGUCGACCUCGUGAGGAUAGUGUUCUUUGCGUUUGACCGUUUGGAAGAAAUUCUUCCACCGACCUUCGGGAAAACACCACAAUUCGCAGCCUACACUUCCGACCCCUCUUCAUCUGUCAGUAUCAACUCGGAAAAGGAGAAGAAAAACAUAACUAGAGUUCUUAAUUCCAAAGUGAUAUCUGCCAGUUUAGGCAACGGACGUCACAUACAGCUCUCGCAAAUGGUCCGGUUGACAAUGAAACACUUGAAGACGGAGAACGUGACUAACCCGGCUUGUGUCUUCUGGGAUUAUACAUUACACGGCUGGUCUCCCGAAGGUUGUGAAGUGGAAUGGUCAAAUCUAACACACACGGGGUGCGCUUGCUCACAUCUUACCAAUUUCGCGAUUCUCAUGGACGUACACGGAGUUUCUCUUGGUGCUAAACACGUGAUGGCGUUGCGGCUCUUGACGCUGAUUGGCUGCGCGAUAUCAUCUGUGGCGUUGCUGGCGGCCAUUUUGGUUUUCCAGUGUUUUAGGAAUAUGAAGUCGGAUCGCGUAUUAAUCCACAAGAACCUGUGCAUCUGUCUACUUAUCGCUGAAGUGGUGUUCAUGUGUGGAAUAGACCAGACUCAGGACAGGAUUCUUUGCGGUGUUAUUGCCGGUCUCUUGCACUACUUCUUCCUUGCUGCUUUUGCUUGGAUGUUCCUAGAAGGUUUCCAUCUGUACGCAAUGUUAGUAGAAGUUUUUGAACCGGAACGUGCACGCGCCCGCUGGUACUGCGUAGGCGCAUAUCUUGCGCCCGCGCUGGUUGUAUUGGUCUCGGCAGCCGCUUAUCCACCAGGCUAUGGCACUCCGACGCAUUGCUGGCUGUCAACAGACCGAUAUUUUAUUGUGAGCUUUGUUGGACCUGUGGCUUUAGUGCUGCUUGCGAAUUGGAUUUGUCUAAGCAUGGUCAUCUACAUGAUGUGCCACCAUUCGACGGUGUCAAUAAAAGCUAAAGAGAAUUCCAAAUUAUAUAAAAUACGGGUAUGGCUGAAUAGUUCAGUGGUGUUGGCAUUCCUUCUUGGCCUAACAUGGACGUUUGGUCUUCUAUAUAUUAAUGAACAAAGUGUAGGCGUGGCUUACGCGUUUACAAUACUCAAUUCAUUACAGGGACUCUUCAUAUUUGUAUUCCACUGUUUGCAGAAUGAAAUCUUCCAGAAAGAAUGCGCCCGUCUUGUCCGACGUCACCCAUGGCUCUCAUGUUGUCUCCACUUCGCGCAACAGCCGUUAGCCCACAACGCACCCACUGCUUCCUCCUCCAACCACGUAGAUACACGGCAGGGUUCAGUCAAAAGCCGAAGAUAUCACCAGAGCACAGCUCCUGAUAGUGAAGAUGUUGUGGACCCUAGAGAUGUUACGAGUUCCGCAAGCACAUCAGUAUCAGCGUCAACGACAAAUAACCUUGUCAUCAACAAUCUUAACGUAGUCGUCAACAACAAUAAUCACAACAACAACAAUGUAAUAAACAACGCCUCUGUCGCGUCCCUCGCCGCCGCUGCGGCCGCUCACAGUUAUCACUCCCAUAGAAAUCGUAGAAACUCCCAAGACAACCAAAAUUUUGGUGCUUCAAACAACUUCGGUCCCACACUUAACGCGACAGCGUCUAAUUUUUCACAUAACAUUCCUGACCGUGAACCUCCAGCGCCCAUGUCUCACCUACGGAACCCGAUAAACACCGGUAGCGGCAGAUACCCGCAAGGAUACAGACAGAACGUCCAGCAAGGUUCGUACGCACUGUUCAAAGAGAUAGGAUUAUUAAAGAACCACCUUUACACCACUCCAGCUUAA